ACUACAGCUUCCGCCGAAGAGGAAACGGAAAGCACGGCGGCUGAAGAAGAAACCGAGACUACAGCUUCCGCCGAAGAGGAAACGGAAAGCACGGCGGCUGAAGAAGAAACCGAGACUACAGCUUCCGCCGAAGAGGAAACGGAAAGCACGGCGGCUGAAGAAGAAACCGAGACUACAGCUUCCGCCGAAGAGGAAACGGAAAGCACGGCCGCCGAAGAAGAAACCGAGACUACAGCUUCCGCCGAAGAGGAAACGGAAAGCACGGCGGCUGAAGAAGAAACCGAGACUACAGCAGCCGCCGAAGAGGAAACGGAAAGCACGGCGGCUGAAGAAGAAACCGAGACUACAGCUUCCGCCGAAGAGGAAACGGAAAGCACGGCGGCUGACGAACAAACCGAGACUACAGCUUCCGCCGAAGAGGAAACGGAAAGCACGGCGGCUGAAGAAGAAACCGAGACUACAGCUUCCGCCGAAGAGGAAACGGAAAGCACAGCGGCUGAAGAAGAAACCGAGACUACAGCUUCCGCCGAAGAGGACACGGAAAGCACGGCGGCUGAAGAAGAAACCGAGACUACAGCUUCCGCCGAAGAGGAAACGGAAAGCACAGCGGCUGAAGAAGAAACCGAGACUACAGCUUCCGCCGAAGAGGAAACGGAAAGCACAGCGGCUGAAGAAGAAACCGAGACUACAGCUUCCGCCGAAGAGGAAACGGAAAGCACAGCGGCUGAAGAAGAAACUGAGACUACAGCUUCCGCUGAUGAGGAAACGGAAAGCACGGCGGCUGAAGAAGAAACCGAGACUACAGCUUCCGCCGAAGAGGACACGGAAAGCACGGCGGCUGAAGAAGAAACCGAGACUACAGCUUCCGCCGAAGAGGAAACGGAAAGCACAGCGGCUGAAGAAGAAACCGAGACUACAGCUUCCGCCGAAGAGGAAACGGAAAGCACAGCGGCUGAAGAAGAAACCGAGACUACAGCUUCCGCCGAAGAGGAAACGGAAAGCACAGCGGCUGAAGAAGAAACCGAGACUACAGCUUCCGCCGAAGAGGACACGGAAAGCACGGCGGCUGAAGAGGAAACGGAAAGCACGGCGGCUGAAGAAGAAACCGAGACUACAGCUUCCGCCGAAGAGGACACGGAUAGCACGGCGGCUGACGAACAAACCGAGACUACAGCUUUCGCUGAUGAGGAAACGGAAAGCACGGCGGCUGAAGAAGAAACCGAGACUACAGCUUCCGCCGAAGAGGACACGGAAAGCACGGCGGCUGAAGAAGAAACCGAGACUACAGCUUCCGCCGAAGAGGAAACGGAAAGCACAGCGGCUGAAGAAGAAACCGAGACUACAGCUUCCGCCGAAGAGGAAACGGAAAGCACAGCGGCUGAAGAAGAAACCGAGACUACAGCUUCCGCCGAAGAGGAAACGGAAAGCACAGCGGCUGAAGAAGAAACCGAGACUACAGCUUCCGCCGAAGAGGAAACGGAAAGCACAGCGGCUGAAGAAGAAACCGAGACUACAGCUUCCGCCGAAGAGGAAACGGAAAGCACAGCGGCUGAAGAAGAAACCGAGACUACAGCUUCCGCCGAAGAGGAAACGGAAAGCACGGCGGCUGAAGAAGAAACCGAGACUACAGUGGCUGAAGAAGAAACCGAGACUACAGCUUCCGCCGAAGAGGAAACGGAAAGCACGGCGGCUGACGAACAAACCGAGACUACAGCUUCCGCCGAAGACGACACGGAAAGCACAGCGGCUGAAGAAGAAACCGAGACUACAGCUUCCGCCGAAGAGGAAACGGAAAGCACAGCGGCUGAAGAAGAAACCGAGACUACAGCUUCCGCCGAAGAGGAAACGGAAAGCACAGCGGCUGAAGAAGAAACCGAGACUACAGCUUCCGCCGAAGAGGAAACGGAAAGCACAGCGGCUGAAGAAGAAACCGAGACUACAGCUUCCGCCGAAGAGGAAACGGAAAGCACAGCGGCUGAAGAAGAAACCGAGACUACAGCUUCCGCCGAAGAGGACACGGAAAGCACGGCGGCUGAAGAAGAAACCGAGACUACAGCUUCCGCCGAAGAGGAAACGGAAAGCACAGUGGCUGAAGAAGAAACCGAGACUACAGCUUCCGCCGAAGAGGAAACGGAAAGCACGGCGGCUGACGAACAAACCGAGACUACAGCUUCCGCCGAAGACGACACGGAAAGCACAGCGGCUGACGAACAAACCGAGACUACAGCUUCCGCCGAAGAGGAAACGGAAAGCACGGCGGCUGAAGAAGAAACCGAGACUACAGCUUCCGCCGAAGAGGAAACGGAAAGCACAGUGGCUGAAGAAGAAACCGAGACUACAGCUUCCGCCGAAGAGGAAACGGAAAGCACGGCGGCUGACGAACAAACCGAGACUACAGCUUCCGCCGAAGAGGACACGGAAAGCACGGCGGCUGAAGAAGAAACCGAGACUACAGCUUCCGCCGAAGAGGAAACGGAAAGCACAGCGGCUGAAGAAGAAACCGAGACUACAGCUUCCGCCGAAGAGGAAACGGAAAGCACAGCGGCUGAAGAAGAAACCGAGACUACAGCUUCCGCCGAAGAGGAAACGGAAAGCACAGCGGCUGAAGAAGAAACCGAGACUACAGCUUCCGCCGAAGAGGAAACGGAAAGCACAGCGGCUGAAGAAGAAACCGAGACUACAGCUUCCGCCGAAGAGGAAACGGAAAGCACAGCGGCUGAAGAAGAAACCGAGACUACAGCUUCCGCCGAAGAGGACACGGAAAGCACGGCGGCUGAAGAAGAAACCGAGACUACAGCUUCCGCCGAAGAGGAAACGGAAAGCACAGCGGCUGAAGAAGAAACCGAGACUACAGCUUCCGCCGAAGAGGAAACGGAAAGCACAGCGGCUGAAGAAGAAACCGAGACUACAGCUUCCGCCGAAGAGGAAACGGAAAGCACAGCGGCUGAAGAAGAAACCGAGACUACAGCUUCCGCCGAAGAGGAAACGGAAAGCACAGCGGCUGAAGAAGAAACCGAGACUACAGCUUCCGCCGAAGAGGAAACGGAAAGCACGGCGGCUGAAGAAGAAACCGAGACUACAGGUUCCGCCGAAGAGGAAACGGAAAGCACAGUGGCUGAAGAAGAAACCGAGACUACAGCUUCCGCCGAAGAGGAAACGGAAAGCACGGCGGCUGACGAACAAACCGAGACUACAGCUUCCGCCGAAGACGACACGGAAAGCACAGCGGCUGAAGAAGAAACCGAGACUACAGCUUCCGCCGAAGAGGAAACGGAAAGCACAGCGGCUGAAGAAGAAACCGAGACUACAGCUUCCGCCGAAGAGGAAACGGAAAGCACAGCGGCUGAAGAAGAAACCGAGACUACAGCUUCCGCCGAAGAGGAAACGGAAAGCACAGCGGCUGAAGAAGAAACCGAGACUACAGCUUCCGCCGAAGAGGAAACGGAAAGCACAGCGGCUGAAGAAGAAACCGAGACUACAGCUUCCGCCGAAGAGGACACGGAAAGCACGGCGGCUGAAGAAGAAACCGAGACUACAGCUUCCGCCGAAGAGGAAACGGAAAGCACAGUGGCUGAAGAAGAAACCGAGACUACAGCUUCCGCCGAAGAGGAAACGGAAAGCACGACUACAGCUUCCGCCGAAGAGGAAACGGAAAGCACAGCGGCUGAAGAAGAAACUGAGACUACAGCUUCCGCUGAUGAGGAAACGGAAAGCACGGCGGCUGAAGAAGAAACCGAGACUACAGCUUCCGCCGAAGAGGACACGGAAAGCACGGCGGCUGAAGAAGAAACCGAGACUACAGCUUCCGCCGAAGAGGAAACGGAAAGCACAGCGGCUGAAGAAGAAACCGAGACUACAGCUUCCGCCGAAGAGGAAACGGAAAGCACAGCGGCUGAAGAAGAAACCGAGACUACAGCUUCCGCCGAAGAGGAAACGGAAAGCACAGCGGCUGAAGAAGAAACCGAGACUACAGCUUCCGCCGAAGAGGAAACGGAAAGCACAGCGGCUGAAGAAGAAACCGAGACUACAGCUUCCGCCGAAGAGGAAACGGAAAGCACAGCGGCUGAAGAAGAAACCGAGACUACAGCUUCCGCCGAAGAGGACACGGAAAGCACGGCGGCUGAAGAAGAAACCGAGACUACAGCUUCCGCCGAAGAGGAAACGGAAAGCACAGUGGCUGAAGAAGAAACCGAGACUACAGCUUCCGCCGAAGAGGAAACGGAAAGCACGGCGGCUGACGAACAAACCGAGACUACAGCUUCCGCCGAAGAGGACACGGAAAGCACAGCGGCUGAAGAAGAAACCGAGACUACAGCUUCCGCCGAAGAGGAAACGGAAAGCACAGCGGCUGAAGAAGAAACCGAGACUACAGCUUCCGCCGAAGAGGACACGGAAAGCACGGCGGCUGAAGAAGAAACCGAGACUACAGCUUCCGCCGAAGAGGAAACGGAAAGCACAGCGGCUGAAGAAGAAACCGAGACUACAGCUUCCGCCGAAGAGGACACGGAAAGCACGGCGGCUGAAGAAGAAACCGAGACUACAGCUUCCGCCGAAGAGGAAACGGAAAGCACAGCGGCUGACGAACAAACCGAGACUACAGCUUCCGCCGAAGAGGAAACGGAAAGCACAGCGGCUGAAGAAGAAACCGAGACUACAGCUUUCGCUGAUGAGGAAACGGAAAGCACGGCGGCUGACGAACAAACCGAGACUACAGCUUCCGCCGAAGAGGAAACGGAAAGCUCGGCGGCUGAAGAAGAAACCGAGACUACAGCUUUCGCUGAUGAGGAAACGGAAAGCACAGCGGCUGAAGAAGAAACCGAGACUACAGCUUUCGCUGAUGAGGAAACGGAAAGCACGGCGGCUGAAGAAGAAACCGAGACUACAGCUUCCGCCGAAGAGGACACGGAAAGCACGGCGGCUGAAGAAGAAACCGAGACUACAGCUUCCGCCGAAGAGGAAACGGAAAGCACAGCGGCUGAAGAAGAAACCGAGACUACAGCUUCCGCCGAAGAGGACACGGAAAGCACAGCGGCUGAAGAAGAAACCGAGACUACAGCUUCCGCCGAACAGGAAACGGAAAGCACGGCGGCUGAAAAAGAAACCGAGACUACAGCAACCUCCGAAGAGGAAACGGAAAGCACAGCGGCUGAAGAAGAAACCGAGACUACAGCUUCCGCCGAAGAGGAAACGGAAAGCACAGCGGCUGAAGAAGAAACCGAGACUACAGCUUCCGCCGAAGAGGAAACGGAAAGCACAGCGGCUGAAGAAGAAACCGAGACUACAGCUUUCGCUGAUGAGGAAACGGAAAGCACGGCGGCUGAAGAAGAAACCGAGACUACAGCUUCCGCCGAAGAGGAAACGGAAAGCACAGCGGCUGAAGAAGAAACCGAGACUACAGCUUCCGCCGAAGAGGAAACGGAAAGCACAGCGGCUGAAGAAGAAACCGAGACUACAGCUUUCGCUGAUGAGGAAACGGAAAGCACGGCGGCUGAAGAAGAAACCGAGACUACAGCUUCCGCCGAAGAGGACACGGAAAGCACGGCGGCUGAAGAAGAAACCGAGACUACAGCUUCCGCCGAAGAGGAAACGGAAAGCACAGCGGCUGAAGAAGAAACCGAGACUACAGCUUCCGCCGAAGAGGACACGGAAAGCACAGCGGCUGAAGAAGAAACCGAGACUACAGCUUCCGCCGAACAGGAAACGGAAAGCACGGCGGCUGAAAAAGAAACCGAGACUACAGCAACCUCCGAAGAGGAAACGGAAAGCACAGCGGCUGAAGAAGAAACCGAGACUACAGCUUCCGCCGAAGAGGAAACGGAAAGCACAGCGGCUGAAGAAGAAACCGAGACUACAGCUUCCGCCGAAGAGGAAACGGAAAGCACAGCGGCUGAAGAAGAAACCGAGACUACAGCUUCCGCCGAAGAGGACACGGAAAGCACGGCGACUGAAGAAGAAACCGAGACUACAGCUUCCGCCGAAGAGGAAACGGAAAGCACAGCGGCUGAAGAAGAAACCGAGACUACAGCUUCCGCCGAAGAGGAAACGGAAAGCACAGCGGCUGAAGAAGAAACCGAGACUACAGCUUCCGCCGAAGAGGACACGGAAAGCACAGCGGCUGAAGAAGAAACCGAGACUACAGCUUCCGCCGAACAGGAAACGGAAAGCACGGCGGCUGAAAAAGAAACCGAGACUACAGCAACCUCCGAAGAGGAAACGGAAAGCACAGCGGCUGAAGAAGAAACCGAGACUACAGCUUCCGCCGAAGAGGAAACGGAAAGCACAGCGGCUGAAGAAGAAACCGAGACUACAGCUUCCGCCGAAGAGGAAACGGAAAGCACAGCGGCUGAAGAAGAAACCGAGACUACAGCUUCCGCCGAAGAGGACACGGAAAGCACGGCGACUGAAGAAGAAACCGAGACUACAGCUUCCGCCGAAGAGGAAACGGAAAGCACGGCGGCUGAAGAAGAAACCGAGACUACAGCAGCCGCCGAAGAGGAAACGGAAAGCACAGCGGCUGAAGAAGAAACCGAGACUACAGCUUCCGCUGAUGAGGAAACGGAAAGCACGGCGGCUGAAGAAGAAACCGAGACUACAGCUUCCGCUGAUGAGGAAACGGAAAGCACGGCGGCUGAAGAAGAAACCGAGACUACAGCUUCCGCCGAAGAGGAAACGGAAAGCACGGCGGCUGAAGAAGAAACCGAGACUACAGCUUCCGCUGAUGAGGAAACGGAAAGCACGGCGGCUGAAGAAGAAACCGAGACUACAGCUUCCGCCGAAGAGGAAACGGAAAGCACAGCGGCUGAAGAAGAAACCGAGACUACAGCUUCCGCCGAAGAGGAAACGGAAAGCACGGUGGCUGAAGAAGAAACCGAGACUACAGCAGACUCCGAAGAGGAAACGGAAAGCACAGCGGCUGAAGAAGAAACCGAGACUACAGCUUCCGCCGAAGAGGAAACGGAAAGCACAGCGGCUGAAGAAGAAACCGAGACUACAGCUUCCGCCGUAGAGGAAACGGAAAGCACGGCGGCUGAAGAAGAAACCGAGACUACAGCAGCCGCCGAAGAGGAAACGGAAAGCACAGCGGCUGAAGAAGAAACCGAGACUACAGCUUCCGCCGAAGAGGAAACGGAAAGCACGGCGGCUGAAGAAGAAACCGAGAAUACAGCUUCCGCCGAAGAGGAAACGGAAAGCACGGCGGCUGAAGAAGAAACCGAGACUACAGCUUCCGCCGAAGAGGAAACGGAAAGCACAGCGGCUGAAGAAGAAACCGAGACUACAGCAGCCGCCGAAGAGGAAACGGAAAGCACGGCGGCUGAAGAAGAAACCGAGACUACAGCUUCCGCCGAAGAGGAAACGGAAAGCACGGCGGCUGACGAACAAACCGAGACUACAGCUUCCGCCGAAGAGGAAACGGAAAGCACAGCGGCUGAAGAAGAAACCGAGACUACAGCUUCCGCCGUAGAGGAAACGGAAAGCACGGCGGCUGAAGAAGAAACCGAGACUACAGCAACCUCCGAAGAGGAAACGGAAAGCACGGCGAAUGAAGAAGAAACCGAGACUACAGCUUCCGCCGAAGAGGAAACGGAAAGCACGGCGGCUGAAGAAGAAACCGAGACUACAGCAGCCUCCGAAGAGGAAACGGAAAGCACGGCGGCUGAAGAAGAAACCGAGACUACAGCUUCCGCCGAAGAGGAAACGGAAAGCACAGCGGCUGAAGAAGAAACCGAGACUACAGCUUCCGCCGUAGAGGAAACGGAAAGCACGGCGGCUGAAGAAGAAACCGAGACUACAGCAGCCGCCGAAGAGGAAACGGAAAGCACAGCGGCUGAAGAAGAAACCGAGACUACAGCUUCCGCCGAAGAGGAAACGGAAAGCACGGCGGCUGACGAACAAACCGAGACUACAGCUUCCGCCGAAGAGGAAACGGAAAGCACGGCGGCUGAAGAAGAAACCGAGACUACAGCUUCCGCCGAAGAGGAAACGGAAAGCACAGCGGCUGAAGAAGAAACCGAGACUACAGCUUCCGCCGAAGAGGACACGGAAAGCACGGCGGCUGAAGAAGAAACCGAGACUACAGCUUCCGCCGAAGAGGAAACGGAAAGCACAGCGGCUGAAGAAGAAACCGAGACUACAGCUUCCGCCGAAGAGGAAACGGAAAGCACAGCGGCUGAAGAAGAAACCGAGACUACAGCUUCCGCCGAAGAGGAAACGGAAAGCACAGCGGCUGAAGAAGAAACCGAGACUACAGCAGCCUCCGAAGAGGAAACGGAAAGCACAGCGGCUGAAGAAGAAACCGAGACUACAGCAGCCUCCGAAGAGGAAACGGAAAGCACGGCGGCUGAAGAAGAAACCGAGACUACAGCUUCCGCCGAAGAGGACACGGAAAGCACGGCGGCUGAAGAAGAAACCGAGACUACAGCAGCCUCCGGAGAGGAAACGGAAAGCACAGCGGCUGAAGAAGAAACCGAGACUACAGCUUCCGCCGUAGAGGAAACGGAAAGCACGGCAGCUGAAGAAGAAACCGAGACUACAGCAACCUCCGAAGAGGAAACGGAAAGCACGGCGACUGAAGAAGAAACCGAGACUACAGCUUCCGCCGAAGAGGAAACGGAAAGCACGGCGGCUGAAGAAGAAACCGAGACUACAGCAGCCUCCGAAGAGGAAACGGAAAGCACGGCGGCUGAAGAAGAAACCGAGACUACAGCUUCCGCCGAAGAGGAAACGGAAAGCACAGCGGCUGAAGAAGAAACCGAGACUACAGCUUCCGCCGAAGAGGAAACGGAAAGCACAGCGGUUGAAGAAGAAACCGAGACUACAGCUUCCGCCGAAGAGGAAACGGAAAGCACAGCGGCUGAAGAAGAAACCGAGACUACAGCAGCCUCCGAAGAGGAAACGGAAAGCACGGCGGCUGAAGAAGAAACCGAGACUACAGCUUCCGCCGAAGAGGAAACGGAAAGCACGGCGGCUGAAGAAGAAACCGAGACUACAGCUUCCGCCGAAGAGGAAACGGAAAGCACGGCGGCUGACGAACAAACCGAGACUACAGCUUCCGCCGAAGAGGAAACGGAAAGCACGGCGGCUGAAGAAGAAACCGAGACUACAGCUUCCGCCGAAGAGGAAACGGAAAGCACAGCGGCUGAAGAAGAAACCGAGACUACAGCAGCCUCCGAAGAGGAAACGGAAAGCACGGCGGCUGAAGAAGAAACCGAGACUACAGCUUCCGCCGAAGAGGAAACGGAAAGCACAGCGGCUGAAGAAGAAACUGAAACUACAGCAGCCGCCGAAGAGGAAACGGAAAGCACGGCGGCUGAAGAAGAAACCGAGACUACAGCAGCCGCCGAAGAGGAAACGGAAAGCACGGCGGCUGAAGAAGAAACCGAGACUACAGCUUCCGCCGAAGAGGAAACGGAAAGCACAGCGGCUGAAGAAGAAACCGAGACUACAGCAGCCUCCGAAGAGGAAACGGAAAGCACGGCGGCUGAAGAAGAAACCGAGACUACAGCUUCCGCCGAAGAGGACACGGAAAGCACGGCGGCUGAAGAAGAAACCGAGACUACAGCAGCCUCCGGAGAGGAAACGGAAAGCACAGCGGCUGAAGAAGAAACCGAGACUACAGCUUCCGCCGAAGAGGAAACGGAAAGCACAGCGGCUGAAGAAGAAACCGAGACUACAGCAGCCUCCGAAGAGGAAACGGAAAGCACGGCGGCUGAAGAAGAAACCGAGACUACAGCUUCCGCCGAAGAGGAAACGGAAAGCACGGCGGCUGAAGAAGAAACCGAGACUACAGCUUCCGCCGAAGAGGAAACGGAAAGCACAGCCGCCGAAGAAGAAACCGAGACUACAGCUUCCGCCGAAGAGGAAACGGAAAGCACAGCGGCUGUAGAAGAAACCGAGACUACAGCUUCCGCCGAAGAGGAAACAGAAAGCACGGCGGCUGAAGAAGAAACCGAGACUACAGCAGCCUCCGAAGAGGAAACAGAUAGUUCGUCAGAAAUACCCACAACCACCGCAGAACCUAUUGACGAGUGUAUGGACUACACACCUCCUCCUCCGGCAUUGAAGCACCUGUACGUCAAGUUGAAACCCCAUUUAAACGUGUCGUCGAAUGAACCCACUCCACCACGUAAAAGUUUUCCCAGCUAUCGUAAACUAAUAAAAGAUGUAAACAAAAUAUCUCUGAACUCGGGAACAUUCAGACAGAAGAUUGAAGGAGUAAUCAACAAGUUCCAGACGGCUAUUAACGAAUCCAUUGCGUCUCAACUGCAAUUUUUCGAAUCGACCCGCAUUAACAUGCUGUUUCAGCUGAAAAACUUUGUGCAAAAGUCCUAUAACGGCUUCACCGAUUUGGUUGAUCGAUCGUUCAAGAAUAGUGGCGUGUGCACGGGCAGAAGCAAGGAAUGUUGGGACAAGCUGCAGACAGGACUGCCUCGCUUUAUGGAUGAGAUGAAUCAAGAGAUCGUAACCUGUGACGACAUCUUCAACGCGAACAUGGAAAAUCCGCGUGGUGUUUCGGUGCGUCGAGUAGCGGUGCAACGGAUCAGUCAGGAGUUUGGACACAUUCAGUCAAAAUGUUUGAACAUUCCACAGGGUAACGGACAGACCCUCAGCUGUCUGAUGAAGAGUCUUCCUCACUUCGUGCCAAGAAGUGCAGCAUACUUCAGCAGCCUGCAAAAUGUGAUCAGCCAGGGUACCAACCUGAUGGGAUACGUUACAUCAAUGGCACAAAGCUGCUAUCAAACAGCGUAUAACGCACGUACCGAACAGUUCAACAACGGCAUGACCAAGUUGAACCGUUGCGUACAAGGAGCAAACGCCAACGAUGUGGCGCUAAACAAAGAGCUAGACAAGUAAGGAGGUAAAGGUCAACCCCCAAAAACGCAACCCGCACGCGCCCCUCAAACAUCCGGAAUCGUUCCACGGAAGCUGUUAUCAUAACGAUAA